AUGCAUACAAGAGUGUAUGUUUCCGAGGAUCGUACCAAAGUCUUUGUACUGUUUUACGAGGCCGCUUGUGUUUUUUCGAAUUUCUAUCCUACUGGGUUUUCGGCUGCUCCAAAUAUUCAGCAAUUUUUGAAAAAUGAGGAACUAGCAAAAGAGGAAGAGCUGAAAAAGAAGCAGACAUUCAACUGUAGUGAGCAGUAUUUUAUAUGGUCCAAAAUAUCUCGAGACGUCAUGUUUAAUGCUUGCCUUGAGAAAUUUUCUCAAGAUGAAACGUGCCGGAAAACACUGUUCAGAACUCAUGGAAUGACACUUGUCGAGGCAUCUCCAACUGAUAAAAUUUGGGGAAUUGGAUUAGACAAAAAUGACAAACGAUCGGAAGAUGAACGAACAUGGAGAGGAACCAAUUGGUUGGGAGAGACAUUGGACAAAGUUAGAGAGGAAUUAUGGAAAAAAGAGGAAUUCCAAAAAGAAAGAGAGCAAAUUGGGAAGGAGAGUAUGGAGACAAGAUGCCAGUUGUUGGAACAUUUUCCAUUAUAA